AUGCCACCAGGAGGAAAUUUCUCUGAUAACCCUAAUUUCCACGGGACACACUCUGACGUGGUGUUGCAUUUGAAGGUCUUAUGUGCACAGGUGAAGGUGGUUAAGUUCAGCUACAUGUGGACGAUAAAUAACUUCAGCUUUUGCCGGGAGGAAAUGGGAGAAGUGUUAAAGUCGUCCACUUUCUCAGCAGGGGCCAACGAUAAAUUAAAAUGGUGCCUAAGAGUGAAUCCUAAGGGUCUGGACGAGGAGAGCAAAGACUACCUGUCUCUGUAUCUCCUUCUCGUUUCGUGCAACAAAUCAGAAGUCAGAGCAAAGUUCAAAUUUUCUAUUCUUAAUGCCAAAAGAGAAGAAACCAAAGCAAUGGAGAGCCAACGUGCUUACAGGUUCGUCCAAGGUAAAGAUUGGGGCUUCAAGAAGUUCAUCAGGAGAGACUUCCUCUUGGACGAGGCGAACGGACUCCUGCCCGACGAUAAACUCACGAUAUUCUGUGAGGUCAGCGUGGUGGCGGACAGCGUGAACAUUUCUGGACAGAGCAACACUAUACAAUUCAAAGUCCCGGAAUGCCGGCUGCCCGACGACCUGGGGUUACUAUUCGAAAACCAAAAAUUCAGCGACGUCACGCUAACGGUCUGCGGGAGGGAAUUUCAGGCGCACAAAGCCAUACUUGCGGCACGAAGUCCGGUCUUCUCGGCGAUGUUCGAGCACGAGAUGGAGGAGAGGAAACAGAACCGCGUGGACAUCACCGACGUGGACCACGAGGUUUUAAGGGAAAUGCUGCGAUUCAUUUACACGGGAAAGGCGGCGAAUCUGGAAAAAAUGGCGGACGAUUUGCUGGCGGCGGCGGAUAAAUACGCGUUAGAGAGGCUGAAGGUAAUGUGCGAGGAAGCACUGUGCACGAGUUUAGCCAUCGAGAACGCAGCCGAUAUCCUCAUUCUUGCUGAUCUUCAUAGCGCUGAUCAACUCAAGGCGCAAGCCAUAGACUUCAUUAAUACACACGCGACAGACGUGAUGGACACGGCAGGUUUCAAGUCGAUGGUGAACUCUCAUCCGCAUCUCAUAGCGGAAGCGUUUCGAGCAUUGGCCACCCAACAGAUACCACCUAUCGGACCGCCCAGGAAACGAGUGAAACAGAGCUGAAAACAGUCACCGUUAACUCCGGGCACGACCUCCACAUCGCCCCCGCCUAUUUUGCAUCCCUCAUGACUUUUUGUGUACAGUGAUACGAGUAGUGUUCUAAAUAAAUGUUUCCUAGUGCGCCAUCCUCUGGUCCACUCGAAAGGAACUGCGUCGAAGGGACUAUCUCAUGGUUUUCAUGCUGGUGUUAGUGGUUCACGGGGAAGGGCAACCGGUUCGGCCAGUUCGGAGCAAGAAGAAAGCAUAGAUUGUGCUCAGGGAGAGAGAUUCUCUUGUAAUUCAGUGAGUCGUCGACAUUGGAGGAGAAGUGUCUAUCACAGAACGUAGUGGGGAACACGACGGGUGUGAGGGGAAAAAUUAAGAUGAUAAUGAUAAUGAAUUGUUGGAACCAGGGUUUGGACAACGGGACACGACAUGGUACUCUUUUUGCAUUGUGCGUGUGUUUUCAUUCUACAAUGCCACUGAAUUGUCAGCGAUUUGUCAAUGCGCAUCGUUAGGGUCACUCAUGGAUUUGCUUUCGUUUCUACCACAAGAGGAUAAUCUGGAAUCGCUAAACCAUCCGUAUUGAAAGAUAUAAAAGCAGCCAGUGGACCAAGGCGAGAUUGAAACUCGCUGAAAUUGCUACAACAUACAUAUUACACGUACACGAAGCGCAUACACACAGAUAUACACGUACAUAAACACACAGAGAGAGACACAAUGCACGAAGGAAGUUGUGAUAGACGUCGGCCAGACGAUUAAAACAUUUUGUUCCUUUGUCGAAAAAGAAAAAAAAAAAAUGAAACGGAUCAAACGAUGUCCCACGCUUGUUCGUUGUGCAACGAGCAAGAGAAAAGUUAGAUACUAUGUUUACUACCGAUAGUGAUUUUUAGUUAUAUAAAAACAAGGAAAUGAUGAACGUCAAACUCUUCCGGAAUGGAGAAAAUGAUUCUAGUUAGUGUUUUUUAUGAUCUCUUUCUCUCAACAUGUACGACUACUACUAUGAUUACUAUUAAUGCUACGCAAUCUGUGCCCCGUAUUUUUGUAUAUUUUUUGUCUGCAGAUACCGCCCUACGUCCCCCUCCCUCUAAUGCGGCCUUUUUCUCUCCCCCCCCCCCUUUAUCACUAGGCACAGUUUGUUUUGUUUUCUCGAGUAUUGCAUAGUAGAAGAAGUGAUAGAUUCGAAUUAUUAUUAUUAUUAUUAUUAUUAUUAUAUUAUUAUUAUUGUAUUAAAUUUAGGGUUGUCCAUAAUUUAUCGAAUUUUAUGUUGAUUAUUAUUGAAAUGUCUAUCGUACUUGUGCGCAGGAUACAUGUAUUAAUUAGAGAUGUUACGAGAGCCGCAUUAAAUGAGUCGAUGGCACGUUAUUAGAAAGAAAAUAAUGGGGCGAAUCACGAAAAUGAGAACAAACAAAAAAAAAAAAAACGAGAGAUGAUGGAUGAAUCUAAGAAGUUGUAUAAAUAAAAGUUAGUCAAUUAUAUAGAACGAAAAAAUAUUAAUCGUUUUUUAUGUAAUUAAUUAAUGAAUUGCGAAUUCGUGUGGUCAAUGAUCUGAAUUAUGGGCAACCAAGAAGGCAAACAAUAAUCAUCAUUUAGUACUGUACUGGCUUCCUGAUCCUGCGACCUAGCUUUACCGAAUGUUUUAAAUAUGAGAAAUACCAUACCAUUACAGGAGUAAUGAUAUUGACGAUUUAAUGCCAUACAUGUUCUGUGAUAAGACCACUGUAAUUACCGCAAUUGUAUCACAACCUUUCUAGAACUUCUGACGAUCCUGGCAGCCAGUGAAUUUAUCUUUUAAGAAACGGUCGCUAAUCCGGACAGUCCCAAAUCUAGCGUCCCUUUCGAUUUUAAGAUUUUUACUGUACAUAUCUACUGUAUUUUAUAAGAACUGAACCGAAUGGAACCAUACUUUUAUGAAGGGUACAAUAACCAACUAUAAUUUAUUCUAUUUUACAGACUGUGCUAAACUCAUGUUCCUUGAAACACUAGCAAUGCUUUAAGUAAAUGUAAUAUGUAAUAACAGACAAAUUAAUACGAUUAGAACGUAUUUGUGUCCCACUGAUCUCGACAUGUUACGUGCAUUUCGUCGUUACCACGGCGCGAAUGUGUUUCUAUCGAGAUUAAGUGAUAAAGGAAACAACAACAAAAAAAUGGAUCCUAUGAGAAACAUAGUUAGGGAACGAUUUUCCACCGUUUUUUACACGAUGUUUAUUUCAGUCAUAGAUCGUUAGAGCUUAAUCGAAACGAUAGAAUACGUGGGGGAAAAUAAAUAGCAAAAAAUAAAUGUAAGCGAUUUAAGGAACAGAUUUUGGCCGUGCUCGCUCAGAUUUUAAAAUUUGAACAGAUGAAGAAACAAAAAAAAAAGAAAAGAAAAUCUACGUCCAUUCUACCCAUUCUAUCUUUGGGACUGUGCGGCGAAUAUCUCAUGAAACUCGUAAUGUUGAAUGUCUUUUUCCUAAAAAAAAAAAAAGAAAAAAAGUCGAAACUAAUAUUAAUCUGUACGACAGUUCGAAAAAAUAUUAGAUGCAAUUCUUUGAACCAAUUUGCAUGAGCGUAUGACUGGAUAAUUUGAUAAACUAAGUACAAGUAAGACAAGUGUUACCUCAUCAUGAAAAUCAGCAUGUUCGUGUCGCGCUAGCUACUACUGCGUUGCUGUCUGAUACACACUUCCGUUGUAUAUUGCAUUUAAACUCGAAAGCUUUUUGUAACGAAUAGUUCAGCAGUGGUAGCUUCUCGAAGUACACGGCUGCUGUUCAUCGAACCCAGCUCAUACAAACGUUCAUUUUUCCAUUUACUUUAAGUCAUUGCACCACAUCAAAUAAAUGACAUUUUCAUUAUAUAA